CGCCCGCCCGACGGAGACGCAACUGAUUUCAAGCUACCAACUUGAUGUCACUAAACUUGGAGUUGGGAAGAGAUGUGCACAGUUGGUUCUCAGGAGCUGGUAGAGCUGGCUCCAGCACACCACGGGGUGAAUCACACAUACUAAGAAAACCUACAAUAACAACAGCUCCAGCUAUCUGACUUCAUGUGAAAGAUGGCUAAUGCAGAAGUGAGUGUCCCAGUGGGGGAUGUGGUUGUGGUACCCACUGAAGGAAAUGAAGGGGAGAACGCUGAAGAUACCAAAACCCAAGUGAUCUUGCAGUUACAGCCUGUGCAACAAGGUUUGUUGAUCGAUGGACACUUUUACAACAGGAUUUAUGAAGCCGGAUCCGAGAACAACACGGCAGUUGUGGCAGUAGAAACUCACACGAUCCACAAAAUUGAAGAAGGGAUUGAUGCAAGCACUAUAGAAGCAAAUGAGGAUAUGGAAAUUGCUUACCCCAUAACUUGUGGGGAGAGCAAAGCCAUUCUCCUUUGGAAGAAGUUUGUAUGCCCAGGAAUAAAUGUAAAGUGUGUCAAGUUUAAUGAUCAGUUGAUCAGCCCCAAGCAUUUUGUUCAUCUGGCUGGCAAGUCCACCCUGAAGGACUGGAAGAGAGCUAUUCGUCUGGGUGGAAUCAUGCUCAGGAAAAUGAUGGACUCCGGACAGAUUGAUUUUUACCAACAUGACAAGGUUUGCUCCAAUACCUGCAGAAGCACCAAAUUUGAUCUUCUGAUCAGCAGUGCAAGAGCUCCAGUGCCAGGACAGCAGACAAAUGUGGUGCAGACACCCACUUCGGCUGAUGGUAGCAUCACACAGAUUGCCAUCUCAGAAGAGAGCAUGGAAGAGGCAGGGCUGGAAUGGAACUCGGCUCUCACUGCUGCUGUCACCAUGGCCACAGAGGAGGGCGUGAAGAAAGACUCAGAGGAAAUUUCAGAGGACACUUUGAUGUUCUGGAAAGGAAUAGCUGAUGUAGGACUGAUGGAAGAGGUUGUCUGCAAUAUACAGAAGGAAAUAGAGGAGCUACUCAGGGGAGUUCAGCAGCGGCUUAUCCAGGCUCCCUUCCAGGUCACAGAUGCUGCUGUUCUCAACAAUGUAGCACAUACAUUUGGCCUAAUGGACACAGUCAAGAAGGUUUUGGACAACAGAAGGAACCAAAUAGAGCAGGGAGAAGAGCAGUUUCUCUAUACUCUGACAGACUUGGAACGCCAGUUGGAAGAGCAGAAGAAGCAAGCUCAGGAUCACAGGCUGAAAUCCCAGACGGUUCAAAAUGUGGUAUUGAUGCCUGUGAGCACUCCUAAGCCUCCCAAAAGGCCCCGGCUCCAGCGGCCAGCCUCUACCACCGUCCUGAGCCCUUCUCCUCCUGUCCAGCAGCCUCAGUUCACAGUCAUCUCACCCAUCACCAUCACCCCCGUGGGUCAGUCAUUUUCCAUGGGCAAUAUUCCAGUGGCCACCCUCAGCCAGGGCUCCAGUCCUGUGACUGUCCACACACUGCCUUCUGGCCCUCAGCUUUUCCGUUAUGCCACAGUGGUCUCAUCUGCCAAGAGCAGCUCACCAGACACAGUGACCAUCCACCCUUCAUCUAGCCUGGCGCUGCUAAGCUCCACCGCCAUGCAGGAUGGGAGUACCCUGGGCAACAUGACCACCAUGGUGAGCCCUGUGGAGUUGGUGGCCAUGGAGUCUGGCCUGACCUCAGCCAUCCAGGCUGUUGAAAGCACCUCAGAGGAUGGGCAGACCAUCAUUGAGAUUGACCCAGCCCCAGACCCAGAGGCUGAGGAUACUGAGGGCAAAGCAGUCAUUUUGGAGACAGAACUGAGGACUGAGGAGAAAGUCAUGGCUGAGAUGGAAGAACACCAGCAUCAAGUCCACAAUGUGGAGAUUGUGGUCUUAGAGGAUUAACUGGGGGUCUUGGGGCCAGGAGAUAUGUUUUGGUUUGGAAUUUUAAUUAUUUGUUUAUUUUUA